AUGAUUGAGGAAGUUGCUCAAAUGACUGAGGAUGUUCCUCCGAUGACUAUGAACGUACCUGUAGUUGGUGUAGAGGGCUUAGUUGCUGGUGAUGUUGUUGCGGGAUCAAUUGCUGAUGAUGUUGUCGCGGGACCAGUUGCUGAUGAUGCUGAGGGAUUCUCUGGUGGGCUACGUGACACAUCAGUGCUGACUUCCUUUCCUGAUGAUGUUUCACACAACAUAUGGACUGGAGAUGAACGUCCUAACUUGAAGUUGGCCUCCCACGGUAGGAAGGUAGAGAAAAUUGGGAGGCGCCUUGCACAGCUUCGAACCUCUAGUUAUAGAGGAGGCGGUCGUCUUGUUGAUGGAGUUGCUCAAGGUCUCGGAUGCGAGGCCCGACAGUGGAUUGUAGCAGCUCGUGCUUAUCUCCUCCACUUGGUUGGUUGCACUCUUUUCGCUAACAAGAGUGCAACAUAUGUCCAUGUAGUGCAUCUGAGGGAUUUUCAAGACCUGGGUGAGAGUGGGAGGUAUGCCUGGGGAGCUGCCAUGCUGUACUGGAUAUAUGAGCAUUUUCCUAGUGUUCAUGACUGCGUCACUGACGAUGCGUACGAUGAGACAUCCCCACGUGCCUGCCAGUGGCUUACGACGAAGGCUUAUAUCAAGGGAUUGCGAGCACCGGCGUACCAGACAUGUUUGGAUGCUUUGAUGAUCACUGACAUGUGUUGGAUGCCCUAUGGUGACCAUCGAGGAGUUAGGGGGUUUGAGCUCAUUUCGUGCUUCCAGGGCCAGGUUAGAUGGGGUCCUAUUGUGGUCACAAUUCGACCAGAUAAAGAAGUAUCAACAGAUUACGUGGAGUGGUUCUUCCAGAUAUCUCAUCCGUUCGUCACACCCACACAGGCAGGUGAUGAACCCAGACAUCCACUUGCCCCACAACAUGAGGAAUACGUCGAGCCAGGUAUCCCGGAGGUUCCAGUGGGAGCAAACGAUGGUUAUGAAGGUUGUGAAGCGAUCGCAGAAAGGUUGGAGCGUGUACUCAACCUAAGGAUGGUCACUAAAGGCACAAAGUUACAUGAGAUCGUGGAAGAUUGCCUCAGGAUCGCUAGGGGGUGA